AUGAAAGAAGCUGCAAGAACGAGUCUCUUUUCAAAGAGAUGGAGGUACAUGUGGACACACAUUACUCGUUUGAACUUUGAUGCAUCACAUAUAAUCGAUGCAAUUCUACUGGGAGACAAGGAAGUUGCAACAGAAAGGCCUUUGUAUUUAAGUUGGGUUAAUCAAGUCUUGAAAUCGCACAACGACUCAAUUAUAGACGAAUUCAAAGUUCAAUUUGAUCUUGAUGAAACUUGUAGAUUUGAUAUUGACAAUUGGCUUAACUUUGCAAUGGAAAAGAGAGUUAGAAAUCUUGCUUUAGACUUAACAGAAAGUACCGAAUGUACUAGAGAAGAGGAUGAGAAUUACAAUUUUUCUGACACAAAUCACCUGCAUUCAUUGUCUAUUGGGUUUAGUAACUGCAACUCCCUGACCAAUCUCUUGUUUUCACAUGUCAAUGUAACUGGACAAGUUCUCCAAUAUUUCUUAAUUAACUAUCCAUUUUUGGAACAAUUGUCUGUGGAAGAAUCUGAAGUCUCGUAA